AUGGCGGCUGAUGGCCAUGUGCAAAUCGGCAGCCUUACACUGCAGCAGCCUCUCGGCGUCGGGACGAUGCAAUGGGGCCGGACCUGGCUGGAUCAGAAGCUGAACCGUGGCAACCUUGACGAUCAGCUCUGUGCCAGCAUCUGCCAGGAGUUUGCAGAAGUUCACGGGGUACAGUUCUUUGACACCGCUGAAGGCUAUGGAGGUGGAACCAGCGAAGAGAGGCUCAGAGACGUCCUCGUUGAGCCCUUGAAAGAUCAGAAGCAGCCCUAUCCCUGCAUCAUUGCGACCAAAUUCCUACCAACCCUGGCCCGUUGGACGCAUGGAAGCUUCUCGCGAGCUCUCCAGGGAUCCUGUGAGCGCUUGGGCGUAGAUGCUAUUGAUAUCUAUUUCAUUCACACUCCGAUUCACCCUCUCCCCUUAGAGUAUUGGGUGCAUGCAGCUUGUCGAGAGGCGAAGGCCGGAAGAAUCCGUGAAAUCGGCAUCUCCAACUGCAAUGCACAGCAGGUCCGACGAGCCUGCGCUGAGGCUCAAAAGCACGGCCGAAGAAUCGCAGCGAACCAGAUCAUGUUCAAUCUUUUGUGUUUUCAAUCUCCAGAGCUGCAGGAGACCCUGAGAGCUUGCCAGGAGAACCAUGUGCAAAUCAUUGCAUAUGCGCCUAUCGGCCAAGGCCUUCUGACACAAGCCCUCACGGACGAGAAGUUUUCAAGAAUCCGUCUGGCCAAGAUGACUAGGCUCGUCAUGGACGAGUUGCAUGACCUGCGAGGUGUCAUCGAAAGACUGGCGAGCAAGUAUGACAAGUCCAUGGCGCAGAUUUGUCUGAACUGGACGAUCUGCCACGGGGCAAUUCCCCUGGUGGGUACCAGAAGCAUGUUGCAGGCACAAGACACUGCUGGUUGCCUUGGAUGGCGUUUAGCCGCAGAGGAUGUGGAGGAGCUCGAUCGACACGCGCUGAAGCGCAGCACGCUGUCCAAGCCAAGGUGGAAGCGUGUCCUUUUUGUCACCUUUAUUACACUUCUUGUCUUCAGCUACCGAGUGAAUCGCUGGGCCGACUGGCUAAGAUCAAAGUGGCACUCCCUGUGGUCCUGGCGAGGGCAUCGACCAGAUUGUACCGUUGAAACGUCAAUGUACAUUUGCUGCCUUUCCCUUUUCGUGCAGGCAGCUGUUGCAACAGCGACUCCCUUCAUUACAAGAGCAGAGCUCAAGGUCGUGCCCGGAACCGUGGACAUAGUUGACUUCGCAACUGGUCAUCCUCGGCUGUACACCUUCAUGAGCUCGCUGCGCUGGGUUAGCACAGCAGCGCUGUACUUGGGAGUCUGUGUAAUUUGUGCCCAUCUUUGGCGUCAGACAGACGAGCCCGUGUGGGUAAUUUUGGUGAUGCAUCUCGGCACCUACUUCUUCAUCGUCCAUUUCUGCCUGUUCCUCUGCGUAUCCAUUAGGCAGCUGUCGAACGUCAGCAUGCUGGACGGCAUCAGGACGCUGACAACUGCCAAGGACACUGUCAGCAUUUGUCCGAUGCUUUCUGUCCUCUUCAUUGAGUGCUGGGUCGCUGCAAACGACAUCAGAACUCCAGUAGGUUUGCCUGGCGUUCCCCAAGGCUUCGCACAGGACUACAUGUUUGUGGCGACCUGGGCCAUGCUGAUGCAGCUGGUCGUGUGCUUCGUGAAUGGCUUCGUCUACACCCUGCCGAAGGACUCAAAGGUUAUGAGACUCUGUGGCAAUUCCUUGCGGGGAGGCCUCACUGCCAUAUCGAUUGUGUUCUACCUCACACUGGUCACUGUCUACGCUUCCAUUCUGGUGGUUUUGGUCUCUCGCUACACGAACACAGCGCGUGCUGCCACCGGUGCCGGUGCCUGGUUCGCAUGA